AUGGCGAGCCGGGCGGCUGCGAGCCUUCUCUUCGUCCUGGCGCUUUCCGGGCGCGGCGGCGCUGCAGAAACUGAAGAAGUGGCAGUUGGCGAACUGGACGGGGAAGUGACCUUGCGAUGCUGGAAUGCGUCUUCCCAGGUGUUGGUGGUGCAGUGGUUUCACGGUGAGCCCGGUGCAAUCCCCAUGCUCUUCUCCUCGGAUGGAAAACUGCCUUCAGAUAGUCGCUUUUCCCUGGUGGGAAACAGCUCCUUGCACAUUUCAGGAUUGCGUCGAGAGGACGAAGGUCACUACUUGUGCAGGGAGAUACUGGCUGAGACCAACCAUACACACAGGAUCCAGUUACUGAUGGCCGGUGGACCAGACCAGAUGGAGGUCAACAUUUCUCCCACCGGGACGUUGCCAAACGGCACGCUUUAUGCCAAAAGGCAUGACAUCUUGAACUUCACCUGCAGUAGUGAUUCUUGGCCUGAUUCCGCCACUAAGUGGGAUUUUAACCCACCUGGUUCUGCCCAGGAGCCAUUCACCGAAGUCAACAGCUCACACAGCUCUUUCGCGCUACACAACGUCAUGCCCAACUAUCAAGGGAACUACUCGUGUCUGGCCACAAACCUGUUGAGCCAACGUCAGAAGUCGGUCGUCCGCGAACUCCUGAUCUACUAUCCCCCACCGUCAUCGCCCAGGUGUCAAGCUGAGACCUCCGUGGAGAAUUCUCAGGAGGUUCAACUGUCGUGCAGCUGGCCCGGGGGCUACCCACCCCCUACGCUCCAGUGGAUCAACCCGGAGGGUCUAGCCAUGGAUUCCAACACCACCCACUUUGCAAAUGCUACGGUGGUGUCUCUGCAAGGGUCCCGCCGGCUUUGGGGCAAGGAUUUUGUCUGUCGCGGAAACCAUAUUGCGAAUGAGAAGAGAAACCAGAACUGCACCUUGCGACUGGAGCGGCCCUCGGUCAUGUCCAUCCCAAUGAAGAGCUGCUUCACGGGGAGAUCCGUAGAGAUGACCUGUGAACUGACCGCCGGCAACCCACCUGCGAGGAUCACCUGGUUGCGCAACUCCUCCAAGGUGGAGACAGAGAUCCGGUCAAGGGGCAGAUUUCUCAUCAGCCAAAAGGAGGGUGUCUCCAGCCUUGUCAACCAGAACUGCUCCUCCAGCAGAGACCAAGGGUACUACAUCUGCAAGGCCGAGAACCCCCUGGGCCUGAGAGAGGUCUACGUUCACCUGAAGGUGACAGAGCCUCUGAACAUUGCUGGCAUUGUGGGUUCCGUUGUAGUCCUUUUAUUGCUGGGAGUUCUGGUCUUUUCUGGAAUCCUUCUCUAUGCGGGACCUCAGGUGUGCCUCAAAGCGAACGUGCUUCGGAAUCGAGAUGCAGGUGACAUCCUUGAACUUAUGGACUCAGAAGAUGAUGACCUGUACUUGGAGGCCACUAGUGAACCAACAUCACACCAAAUGGAAGGGAUAGGAAACAGAUGUUCUACCAGAUCUACUGAAAGAUCAUUUCCGGAAACGUCCAUCUCCCUGGAGGAAGUCCAGUCAGCCAAACCCACAGCGUAGAGGGGAUUAUCUCU